GCAGUGCGGCCAGACUGGCCAUUCAGUGAGUCUCAAAGCGUCGUCGUCGUCGUUGCUUGUCGGUGAUCGCUCGAACGAACGAACGAACGUUUCUGUCGUUGUUGCGCUUUACGCAUUUCUCGGUCUACGCGAAUUGACAGUUUUCAUUUUUCUUUAAGCCCCAAAAUACAAAUAAUAAUCACCGCGCUAAUAAAAACAGAUUUAUAAUUUGAAAUCACUAGCACUUAAAAGCAAAGAAAAACAAACAAAACAAGCUACAAAAUGCAUGUGCCAUUAUAGAAGGGAGGAGCAUUAACAUAGAAACUAAGUCACGCCUGAAACCAGAAAUAUACACAUAUAUGGACUGUAGACAAAUAAUUUCUACAACAUAUGGUAUAGUAAAUCAUCCAUCUUAGAGAAGAGCGCAUAAAAUUACUUGGGAACUUCAUAAAUCUAUAUAAAACUAAGAACACACAUCACACAAUAUGGGCAAAGAUUACUAUAAGACUUUAGGCAUAGCGAAAACUGCCACCGAUGAUGAGAUCAAGAAGGCCUACAGAAAGCUGGCACUACGCUAUCAUCCGGAUAAGAAUAAAGCCGCAAAUGCCGAGGAGAAAUUCAAGGAGGUCGCCGAGGCAUACGAAGUACUUUCGGAUAAGAGCAAACGUGAGGUAUACGAUAAAUACGGCGAGGAUGGAUUAAAGAGUGGCGGCACUCGAAAUGGCGGCGGAAAGAACAAUUCAUUUACAUAUCAGUUCCAUGGCGAUCCACGAGCAACAUUCACACAGUUCUUUGGCAACAGCAAUCCCUUUGCAUCGUUCUUUGACAUGGGCGAUAAUCUGUUUGAUAAGAAUGUCUUUGAUUUGGAUACCGAACCAGAUUUCUUUUCAUCGCCCUUUGGUGGUCUCGGCUCUCGUCAUGGCUUAGGUAGCGCCUUUAGGCCAUCUUUCAGAUCACACUCCUUCAAUGUGCACACGCCGUUUAAAAAGGAACAGAAACAAGAUCCACCCGUCGAGCAUGAUCUCUAUGUCACACUGGAGGAAAUCUAUCAUGGCUGUGUUAAGAAAAUGAAAAUCUCACGUCGUGUCGUCCAACCUGAUGGUAGCUCAAAGAAGGAGGACAAAGUGCUUCAAAUAUCGAUAAAACCCGGCUGGAAAUCGGGCACAAAAGUCACGUUCCAGAAGGAGGGCGAUCAGGCGCCUGGCAAAAUACCAGCGGAUAUUGUGUUCAUCAUUCGGGACAAACCACAUGCCAUGUUUAAGCGUGAAGGUAGCGAUUUGCGCUAUACGGCGAGAUUAACCCUCAAGCAGGCGCUCUGCGGCGUUGUCUUUCAAGUUCCUACAAUGUCCGGCGAUAAACUGAGGAUCAGCACCAUGCAGGAGAUCAUCAAGCCGAACACUGUGAAACGGAUUCAGGGAUAUGGCCUGCCCUUCCCCAAGGAUACCACACGCAAGGGCGAUCUCCUUGUGGCCUUCGAUAUACAAUUUCCCGAGAAAUUGACUGCCGCACAAAAGGAAGUGCUCCGAGAUAUGUUAUGAAGAUGAUGAUGAUCAAGAUGAUCAACGACGACAACGAUUCACCCAUUACUCAGCUACACUCAGUCUUCAAUGCAUAGUUAGUCAUACUAAAAGAUAAAAAAAACUUACUACGUAAUCAAAUCAGUCGAUCUGAUCAUUAUUCACAACUCAUCAAUAGUAUGAGUAUUGAAUGUGUAUUGUAAUGUGUCAUCAUUUGAAGUUAUUCGUUUGGAUGCGAUUCGAAUCGAUUCGAUUUGAAUCAAUCGAAUCAGCAGCAGCAGCAGGCGCAUUUUGUUUUGUGUUCAAAAUUUUUGUGCUUAUUUUACAGGAAUUUGUGUAUUGUCUUAUUUUGCUCAUUGACUCAAAUCCCACUUCCCUUCCCUCCAAAAAAAAACCCCCGCCAUCAAGUUGCAAUAAUACAUACAUAUGUUGACCAUAGUUAUUAUAUCGUAUAAUUCUUAAUUUAUUUGUCUAAAUUAAAGCUACCUAUAAUAAAACACACAACAAACAUUUGUGAAAAACAAACGAA